GUGUCCCUUGAUAGGUGGCGUUGAUAAAUAUUUUCGCGAAAAACAUUUUCUGUCUGCAUAAUUAUGCUGACUUUGAUUUAAAGCUCUAUUGGUAAAUGCCGUUUGCCUAAAAUUUAUGUUAACGAUUGCUUUUAGGAGCUGCUAAAAGGAUAUUGACAGAACAGAAUGGGUGAUGCAAAGAUUGAAAUUCCAGGCAAGUCAGAAUGUGUGAAGGUGGUUGUCCGGUGUAGGCCUAUGGCCAAAAAUGAGUCAGAAAAAGGCUUUGAAAGAGUGGUAGAGAUGAACACAAAGCGUGGUGUAAUUGAAUUACGGAAUCCAAAGCUCUCGCAAGCCGAACCAAAAAAAAGCUUCACAUUUGAUACUGUCUACGACUGGAAUUCCAAGCAGAAGGAUCUCUACAAUGAAACGUUCCGUGAUUUGGUGGACAAUGUGCUACAGGGCUUCAACGGAACUAUAUUUGCCUAUGGACAAACGGGCACAGGCAAAACAUUCACCAUGCAAGGUGUAAAGAAUGACCCAGAUCUGAGAGGAGUUAUUCCCAAUUCCUUUGAACAUAUCUUCAACCAUAUUUCCAACUCAGAAAACCAGCAGUAUCUAGUCAGAGCCUCUUACCUCGAAAUAUAUCAGGAGGACAUCAGAGAUUUACUUUCAAAAGACCAGAAAAAAAGACUGGAGUUAAAAGAACGGCCUGACACAGGGAUAUAUGUGAAGGAUCUCUCAUCAUUUGUUACAAAGGGUGUGCGAGAAAUUGAGCAUGUGAUGAAUGUGGGAAAUCAAAACAGAUCUGUUGGUGCCACAGACAUGAAUGAGCACAGUUCUAGAAGCCAUGCCAUCUUCAUUAUCACUAUUGAGUGCAGUGAGGUACAAGAGGAUGGUGAGAGUCAUAUACGUGUGGGACGUCUCAACCUUGUUGAUCUAGCGGGAAGUGAGCGCCAGUCAAAAACCAAGUCAGAGGGGGAGAGACUGAAGGAGGCAACCAAGAUCAACCUGUCCCUGUCUGCUCUGGGUAACGUGAUCUCAGCCUUAGUGGAUGGCAAAAGCACCCAUAUACCGUACAGGGACUCCAAGCUAACCAGGCUACUGCAAGAUUCACUUGGUGGUAAUGCUAAAACUGUGAUGGUAGCCAACAUAGGUCCGGCAGACUACAACUUUGACGAGACGAUGAGCACAUUGAGGUAUGCCAACCGAGCCAAGAACAUCAAGAACAAGCCCAAGAUCAAUGAGGAUCCGAAAGAUGCCUUGCUCAGGGAGUUCCAGGAUGAAAUCAAGAGGUUAAAAGAAACGCUGGCUGGUAGAGGUGGCCCUAAGAAGAAGAAAAAGAAGAAGGCAAGAAGAAAUGAAAAUGGGGAGAUCAUCAGUGGAUCAGAGGAGGAUGACGAUGAUGAGGAUGAGGGUGUGGUAGGCAGUGAGGAGGAUGCGGAGGCUUACAUGCAGGAGCAGCAGUUGAAGCUGGAGCAGGAGAAGGAGGCUAUACUCAACAACAAGAGCAUGAUGCAGGCUGUAAAAGGACAAAUACUAAGUACCAUUCAGGAGAAGGAGUCCAAGCUGAACAAGGAAAAGGAAGCCAGAGACCAGCUGGAGUCCAAAAUCAAGGCGAUGGAGAGCAAGUUGUUGAUGGGGAACAUCGUUGACCAUACAAACAAGCAGCAGAAGGCUCUGGAGCAGCGUAGGAAGGAGAUAGCAGAGCAAAAAAGGGUGGAGCAGGAGAUCAAGCAGAAGUUGGAGGAGAAGGAGGAGGCAGCAGUAGAUCUACAGGAGACCUACGUGUCACUGCAGCAGGAGGUGGAGGUGAAGACCAAGAAACUCAAGAAGCUGUUUGCAAAGUUGCAAGAGACGAAGCGUGAGAUCGGGGACCUGCAGGAGGAGCAUGUGAAGGAGCGCCAGGAGUUGGAGCAGACACAGAACGAGCUCACUAGGGAACUCAAACUCAGAAUGCUGAUCAUUGAAAAUUUCAUACCUCAAGAAGACAAGGCUAAGCUCAUGAAUCGGGCAUCCUUUACUGAAGACGAGGAUAACUGGGUGCUUCAGCCUCUUGCAAAUAAGAAUGCUGAGACAAUGGCCAAAAGACCAAAGUCUGCUCUGGGCAACCGGAGACCAGUUUCGGAAUAUGCACGAGUGCAGGCAGACAUGGGUGGAAACCCAAGAUUUAAGGGAGAGAACAUCAUAAUGGUGGAGCUGGACAUGCCCAACCGGACCACACGGGACUACGAUGGUCCCCAGGUGGCGCCACGUAUACAGGCAGCACUAGACGCAGCCCUACAGGACGAGGCUGAUAUCGAGCUGGACGGCAGGUAUGUGUCAGGGUACCCAUCCAUAUUCAAGUCUGACAAGAAAAGGAAAGACACCAAGUCUCGGCCCAAGUCUGCCAUGAAAACCACUCCCACAGACAAGUCACAGUCCUUCCCCAAGGCCCGUGGUCUUGUGAAUAAAAACUAGGCACAACUUUUUGAGUUCUUUGACAUUGAGCAUGCCUACAGGUGCAUGCAAAAAAGCUGACCAGAGCAAAUGGACAUGUUUAGUUUCUUUUGAAAGAAGGCCAUCAAGACUUCAGAGCUAAAAUGUUUUGCAUAACAUUUUAACAUUUUUGUAAAAGAUUAUUUUUUUCCAACCCCCGAACCAUAAUAUGUUUGGAGAUCAGGGCUUUUUCAAAUAUGUGCACACAUUCUUGCUCUUCACCUUAGUGGCUAUAUUUUACAAAGAUCAAGGAUAAUAUGUAAGGAAUUUUGGUUUGUAGAAAUGGAGACUUAAUGCAAGAUUGUGAAAAAUCGUCAGUGUGUCUUUUUGCAGCAGCAUCAACAGCAAAUUAAGUUUAUGGACAUGGAUGAUCUCCCACAUUGCUUUAUUGUGACUUUUUAAAUAUUUUUCCCAACUUGUUCUGAUAGUUAUUCAUUUUACAAUUUCACAAAUAAUUGUUGUUUAGCUCUGUUUGUUGUAAGUGCGUGUUUAUAUUGCAUCUUUGAAUUUAAGUUACAUCGGGAUACUUGGAGUGUUUUUUGUAAUGUUGAUAACACAUUAUUAAUAGAAUGUGUUGUUCUUUCUCAAACUGCUCAUGAUUUUGAUGUAUAUUGAUUCUAUGAAAAUAAUAACUGUUCUUAUUUUUCUUACAAAAUCAUCAAUAAAUUGUAAGCAAUCACUAUGUAUGAAUAUAUUAUAUGUUGACUUACUGUUUCAUGUUAAUUGCAUAAUUAUUUCUUUCUAUGAAUUCCACAUUAUGUAAUCUUCAUAUAUUUUUCCAUUCAUAUUGGAAAGCAUCACAUUUUGUGCUGAUAACUAUUUACCACUGGAUCUGUGAUAUUGUUGUCUGAAUUGUACAUAGUUUAUAUUUACUAUUUAUUGUGUAUUAUUGGAGGUCUAUUAUACUUUUGUUACUUCUAGCAUGUGUCAAAAUGUUGUGCAGUAUGUUCUUGAUUAUGCUGGGUUUAUUGCCAUCAAUGUGUUGCCCUUUACGUUCAGUAACCUGUUGUGAUUAUGUUUACUAUGUCAGGCAUUGUGAUUGGUCAUGUUUUUGACUCACACGAGUUUAGAAGAUUGGUCUGAGAAUAUGUUAAAAUGAUUUGUGUCAUGCUAUGCUAGAGAUAGUGGAUAAUUUUAUUUAACAAGUAAUAUUUGUAUGAAAAAAAUAUUUAUGUUCUAAACUACAUAAUGUCUGAAGGAUCUUGAAAAAACAAACAUGAAUACAUGUAUAUAUUUAAAAUUUGUGGUUUGUAAUACCAAAAGUUGAAGAGAAUGUUCAUGUUUUUUUGUAGUAAUGUUUGAUGUUACUGUGAACAUUCAGUAAGAAGUUUUCAUACUUUGCAUUUAAUGCAUGACCAUACUUGGAAACAGCUAGAUUCAUAAUAUAUUAUCCAAAGUAUGGACGCCAACAUGAAAGAAACCAUCAUGCUAGUAUAAUCACAAGAGUUGUGCGCAUAUGAGGCUAAUGUUGUUAGAAUCUCUGAUGUGUUUUCUGAUAUUUGGAGAUGUUUAGAGGUCCUUAUCAUAACCAGUAUUUUCUCAUUCAGUUGCAUCGCUUGUGUAGAAUACAUAUCAAUACAUAUAGUUUGUCUGAUGAAAUUCCUCCAUGGAUUAUUAUUGAGAUAAAAAAAAUCAAAAAUAAUACCCCAUAUAAGAAACUCCUGGUUGUAGUAAACAAAUUGCACUGGCUGUUAAAUUCAUUUCACAGAUGAUUUUUGUGAGCCUUUUCACUUUAUUUUAUUGCAUAUUUUAUUCUUUAAUUAAUUAUACCAAUUUCUGUUUAUUUAUAUACUGAAGAAAAAUAAGUAUGAGUGCUUGCUGAUCGACUGGUAUUCAAAUAUAUAUUGCUGCUCAACAUAUAACAAAAUUCCAUCAAACCUACAAAAAGUAUACUUAUUUAAGCACAACAACUCAUUUCUAAAAAUUGGAAUUGAGAGGUUAAAGUUGUAUCUACAGAAAGUUGUACCAGAUAUAAAAGCCAAAAAUAUCAAUUUAUGGUAAUUUUAACAUCAUAUUUACAUCUUCUGAAUCAUGUAUAACAUUUGUUAACAUGGAACUAGAUAUAGAUCUACUAAAUGUAAAACAUUCAUCUGUAAUUUUAAUGAAAUAGAGAAUACAACCAAGUAUCCAGUUGUAAUGAUCUUUUUGGUAUGUUUAGAAAUGUGUGGGGCCAUAAAUUGACCAUUAUUCACAUACAGUUUUCCGUCCUAUGUUAAUUUCAUCUUUCUUACAAAAAUAUUUUUUCUUUGAUUUUUGAAUGUACACAACUAUGUGUCCACUGAAAUUUAUAUUGAUUAUUCAUUUAUUAUGUAGUCUCAAGUGUUUUUCGUAAUUUAAUUUAGAAAUGACAUGUCAAAAUAAAUCAGUCAUAAACUGCA